AUGCCCUCACACUACAAGCUAGGUCGAACACACGAAAAGCACCCAUCCCUCAACACACCAUCAAAACCACGCUAUUUCUUCAAUCUUACCACCAUCAUCAUCAUUCAACUCAACCUCAACAUGUCAAACGGAAAUGGAAUUGUAUCCCACCUUGAAUCGAUCGCUGAUUCCUAUGAACAACGCCUUUUCUCUCAGAAUAACACUCAACCUAGUACUCAAAGUCAACCAACUGGUACCCAGGACACGGUCACGGCUACUUCUCAAUCGAAGAAAUCCAGAUCAAACAACAAAAACAAACGAAAACGCAGUGAGAACCAACCCUUAGCCGAGGCCAAUAUCACCGUGGAGGAUAUACAAGCCAUGAACAAGAGCUCGGUUGAGCUCCGCUGUUUAGCCAAGAAGCACGCUCAAAGUGGUAUGACCCAAGAAGUACUCCGCUCAAUCCUUAAGUUUCACGAAGAGAUACAAACUCUUGUAGCCAUCAAAGCACUGGAACUAGGUACUACGGUCUCUACCAUUGAAGAGAUUUUUGGCAAGUACCUCGGUGUACGUCAACCAUCCGCAUGGAAUGGGUUUCUUCAAAGCGAGUUGGCUAAGGCGAUUUUCAAAGCUGGCAACUGGUGGUAUUGGUAG